AUGAUCCUCCGGACCGGUCUGUUUGCCCGCCGUGGGGUCAGAUGGUUCUUCCAGUCUUGGAGUCUCCGUUUCUCUCAGGCUGCGAAAGGUGCGAUGUUGCGAAACGUCCAGAAGGUGCUGUGCGUGGCGGAGAAGAACGACGCUGCCAGGGGGAUUGCGGACAUACUUUCCAACAGCAGGAUGAGACGGAGAGAAGGUCUUUCCAAAUACAACAAGAUCUAUGAAUAUCAAUGUUACAUGUUUGGUCAGAACGUCUCGGUGGUGAUGACGUCCGUUUCAGGACAUCUCCUGGCUCACGAUUUCAAGAUGCCAUUUAAAAAAUGGCACAGCUGCAACCCCCUUCUCCUUUUCGAAGCCGAAAUCGAGAAAUACUGCCCUGAGAACUACAUUGACAUUAAGCGAACCCUGGAGCGAGAAGUCCAGCACUGCCAAGCGCUGUUGAUCUGGACGGACUGCGACCGCGAAGGAGAGAACAUCGGCUUUGAGAUCAUUCACGUCUGCAAAGCAGUGAAACCGAACCUCCAGGUAUUCCGAGCCCGUUUCUCCGAGAUCACGCCGCGUGCCAUCAGGAACGCCUGCGAGAACCUGUGCCAGCCCGAUCAGAACGUCAGCGAUGCUGUGGACGUUAGGCAAGAACUGGACCUCAGGAUAGGCGCUUCCUUCACCCGAUUCCAAACGCUGAGGCUCCAGAAGAUCUUCCCAGAUGUUUUGGCAGAGCAGCUGAUCAGCUACGGAAGUUGCCAGUUCCCCACGCUGGGAUUUGUGGUAGAAAGGUUUAAAGCCAUCCAAGCCUUUGUGCCAGAGACCUUUUACAAAAUUAAAGUGACACACGAUCACGAGGACGGCACGGUGGACUUCAACUGGAAGAGGAAUCGUCUCUUCAACCACAUGGCGUGCCUGAUCCUCUAUCAGAUCUGCUUGGAGGAUCCGCUGGCCACCGUGGUGGAGGUCGGGAGCAGGCCCAAAAGCAAAUGGAGACCCUUGCCGCUGGACACUGUGGAACUUGAGAAGCUGGCUUCUCGUAAGCUGAGAAUAAACGCCAAAGAAACGAUGAGGAUUGCUGAGAAACUCUACACUCAGGGGUACAUCAGCUAUCCCCGAACGGAGACCAAUAUUUUCCCCAAAGACAUCAACCUCCCCGGCUUGGUGCAGCUUCAGACCCGAGAUCCCCGCUGGGGAGCUUUUGCCCAAAGGAUUCUCGACCAGGGUGGGCCGACCCCCCGGAAUGGGACGAAAUCGGAUCAGGCCCACCCCCCCAUUCACCCCACGAAAUACGCCGACAAUUUGCAGGGGAACGAGCAGCGACUCUACGAGUUCAUCGUGCGCCACUUCCUGGCUUGCUGCUCCCAAGAUGCCAAGGGACAGGAAACGACUGUGGAAAUCGAUAUUGCCAACGAACGCUUCGUGGCUCACGGGCUCAUGAUCUUGGCCAGAAACUACCUGGAGGUCUAUCCGUAUGACAAGUGGAGCGAUAAGGUUAUCCCCGUAUACGAACAGGGGUCUCGCUUUCAGCCCACCACCGUGGAAAUGAUUGAUGGGGAGACCAGCCCGCCUCAGCUGCUCACGGAAGCGGACCUCAUUUCCCUCAUGGAGAAACAUGGCAUCGGAACGGACGCCACUCACGCGGAGCACAUCGAGACCAUCAAGUCCCGCACGUACGUGGGUCUCACGCCAGACCAGAGGUUUCUCCCAGGACACCUAGGGAUGGGAUUGGUAGAAGGCUAUGAUUCCAUGGGUUACGAGAUGUCCAAGCCCGACCUCCGGGCCGAGCUGGAGGCUGACUUGAAGCUCAUCUGCGAGGGCAAGAAGGACAAAUUGGUGGUGCUGAGGGAGCAGAUCCGGAAGUACAAGCAGAUCUUCAUUGAGGCCGUGGAGAAGGCAAACAAGCUGGACGAGGCGCUCUCUCAGUAUUUUGGGGAGGUGGCCCGCGUCACCCAAGAAGAAGAAAUCUAUCCGGCGAUGCCCGAUCCUGUCCGGAAAUGCCCUCAGUGCCACAGAGACAUGGUCCUGAAGACCAAGAAGAACGGCGGAUUUUACCUGAGCUGCACGGGCUACCCUGAUUGUAAGUCUGCCGUGUGGUUUCCCGACUCGGUGCUGGAAGCGAGCAAGGACGACUCCGUCUGCGACGUGUGCCAGCCGCGUCCCGUUCACAGGCUGAAACUGAAGUUCAAGAGGGGCAGCCUGCCCGCCAUGAUGCCCCUGGAGUUUGUCGGCUGUGUCGGAGGCUGUGACGAAACCCUUCGGGAGAUCCUGGACCUGAAAUACCUCCAAGGCCCGCCCAGACCCCCGCAGCCACCCGGCCAGCCGGCUAACCCUUUGCAAACCGGCCGCUCCCUUAGCUGCGUGACCAACCGCCAAGACCGCCGUGUCCAGCUGCCGGCAAACGCACCAACCGGACCCCCGGCUCCUCUUGCCAGGGCGGCCCGGAAUCCGGCCCGCCCACCAGACAGCGCCGAUGAAAACGCCGUCUCGUGCAACUGCGGGGAACCAGCUGUGUUGCUGAUGGUCCGGAAGGAAGGCCCCAAUCAGGGCAGGCGCUUCUACAAGUGCAGCACGGGCGGCUGCAACUUCUUCCUGUGGUCUGAUCAAGAGGCAGACGGCAGGAGCAACCGGGCACCCGGGGGUAGGGGGGAAAGGGGCUGGGGACGUUCUUGGAGCGAGGGCUCCUACCCUGGAGGCGGCCCCGACGGCAGGGGCGACGGAGGAGGAGGAGGCGCUACCUGCAAGUGCGACCAGCCGGCCAUCGUCCGGACAGUACAGAAAGAGGGCCCCAACAAAGGCCGUCAGUUCCACACCUGCGCCAAGCCCCGAGAGCAGCAGUGCGGCUUCUUCCAGUGGGCCGACGAAAACGCAGCACCAGCCUUUCCUUCAAGCCACUCAACGGGCAGAGAGGCGGGGCCCAACCCCAAAAGGCCAAGCAGCGACUCUUCCGUAAGGCCCCCCACAGCCAAGCGGCCACGGACUUGCGGGAUCUGCCACCAAGCCGGCCACACGAGGAAGACGUGUCCGCAGAAUCGCUGACACGCCGUCAGGCCCGCCCCGGAACUCAAUUCAAAGACUAGGGGAAGCGGUGAUCUGUGUGGCGCAAGAAGCCAGCAUGUGGCUGGGAUGGUAUACGAGUCUGUUUGCAGAGACGCUUUCUGUGAGCCAGCUGUACCAUUAAAACACGGUUUGUUCCCCUUCUGAUGGAUUUGAAAGCGGGACUGGAUAUGGGACGUAGGAAGCCCCUUUCCCUGGCAUUCCCCUACCCCAGGACAGGGCUUCCUGCUUUCCAGAUUUCCCUAUCAACUGCAUGCUUCUGUUUUG